AUGGGCGGUUUCUUACUCUCCGAGAACUACGAGUUCCACAAGCCUAGUCCCAAUGACAUGAACAUUGCGAGCAUCGCCUGGGGAUACUCCCUAGGUGUUUCGAUCUUUGCUGGGACGAAGGCUGCCCGACAAACCAUCAAGUCAUGGAAGCGUGGCACACGGACGAACAUCUACCUCAUGCUUGUCUGGACCGAAUGGGCCAGCAGUGUCAUCAUGAGUGCCAUUACCUGGUGUUAUCUCCGUCAAUACAUCCCCCCCGGGUUUCCUGUCUUCUUUGUCAUUGUCCUCCUUUGGGCUAUUCAGAUUCAGACGCUACUCCAAAUCAUCAUCAAUCGAAUCUCGAUCCUCAUGGUCAACCGGCACAAUGCCUGGAGACUGAAACUUACAACCUUCCUCGUGCUUCUGGUUAUCAACAUCAGUGUGUUUUGUGUCUGGAUUCCCGCACGAUUGCAGAUCAGCCACCAAUGGGUCUCUGUGAACGCCGUCUGGGACAGGGUGGAGAAGUGCAUCUUCCUGAUCGUCGAUGCUGGUCUGAACUUCUACUUCAUCCACCUUGUUCGGUCCCGACUUAUCGCCAACGGUCUUACUAAAUACACGCGACUUUACCGCGUUAAUUUACUUAUGAUUGCAGUUUCGAUGACGAUGGAUGUACUUCUCAUUGCCAUGAUGUCCCUUCCCAACGAUAUCGUUUACCUUCAGUUUCAUCCCUUAGCCUACCUCGUCAAGCUUCAUAUUGAGAUGAACAUGGCUGAGCUUAUCACCAAGGUAGUCAAGGCCAGCAACCCCAAUGGCUACGACUACUCACACUCUCAAUCUCGCUCUGGCGGCAAGACCACUGGCAAGACCACCACAAAGAAGAAGAUGGACUCGGUCUUUCCUGCUGGCAACCAGACGUAUAUUGAAGCUGGGGCUGAAAACAUCGAACUCCCUGAAAGAAAAGAAGACGGCAUUCAGAUCUCCAGGACUUUCCAGACUACUCAAGUUGAGAUCGUGAAGCCCAAUCGCAAUCGCAGUGAUUACGAUGACCUUGAAAGCGAGUCAAGUUCGACCCGACGCCUAAAGGAGGAAGACUUUCCUAUCUAA